AUGGACACAUUCCGCGGCGCCGUGGACGCCGUCGCGGCGAUCUUGCGCCGCGUGCUGUUGCGCGAUCCGAGCAACCGGCGCGAGGCGUGCACGUGGCUCGCGGCGCUAAUCGGUCGCGUGCAGCUCCCGCCCGCGCUGCGCCGCGCGCUUGUCUGCCAGCUCGUGGCGCGCAGCGGAUCGCUCGACCCUGGCGCCUCUGACCGCUCGCUGCUGCGCCAUCUGCUGUGUGAGGAAAGGCCGAACGAUCUCCUCCCCUCCCCCCGCUGCUCCCAACCCCAAACCCCUCCAACCAAUCCUCACCGCAUUCUCUUGUGGUUCGACCAUUUCAGUAUGGGGCCUGGCAGUCAAGGGGGCAGAUGGGGGGAAGAGGGGGAGAGGAGCAGGGAACAGCAGAGACCAAGCGCCUAUGCUGCUACUGCCUAUGCUGGUUCUGGUUCUGGUUCGGCCCACACCAAGUUGGCAGGGUCGGCAGCAGCUGGUGAAGCUCUGCAGCGGAACAGUCCAGGCCUGGCUGCUGCUUCUAGCGACUGGAAUCUGCUUUUGGGUCCUUCAAGUGUCACCUGCAGCACGAGGGAGCUUUCAGAUGCCGUUGCAGAUGGCUUGCUACGUUUGUACGUACUGUCGAAGGAGCUCAUUGGAUGA